AUGGACGACAUCAUGUGCUUUUGUGUUGACUACCGCCGUCUGAACGGCGUUACGGAGAAGGACAGCUAUCCCUUGCCAAGAAUUGAUAACACGCUGGACAUGCUUACAGGAGUAAAGUGGUUCAGCACACUGGACCUGAAAAGUAGCUACUGGCAGGUUAAAAUUGCCCCUAAGGACAAGGAGACAAACGGCAUUCUCGACAAGACAGGGUCUGUGACAAUUUAA